AUGAUUACAUGGCGUGUAAUUAACUCAAGUUCUAAUCCACUUGUUAUUGAAAUAUUUCAACGUCAUGCAUGGAAUUAUGUGACGUGGCCAUGUACAAAUGCACUUAUAUCUACUGGUAAUUAUAUGAUUGGUUCCGGAAGUUUAGUAUGUACUGCACCUUGUCCACCAAAUAUUAGUACACUUAAUUCUGUAGCUGUUCCAUGUACUGGCUAUAAUAUAAUCGAACAAUAUGUUAGUGGUGAAAAUCGAUUCAAUAUACGAGUACCAUCAAAUUAUAUCUUUCGAGCAGUAUUCACAAGUUCGGCUUGGUUUAUAUUAGUAACAGGUGGAAGUACAUGGUCAGUUUCUACUGAAAUAAAUACUUAUAAACGAUCAAAUGGUCGAUAUAAUCAAGCACCCAUUGUUACAAUGUUACCAAUCAUACGACUUCGUAGUAAUUUAACUUAUUAUAUAAAAAUUAAUGUUGCUGAUAAUGAUUUUGAUCGAUAUACAUGUAUUUGGUCAAAUUCAUCGCAAGAAUGUGGUGGUGUUUGUCGAUCUUUACUUACUCUACCUACUUCAACAUAUCUUAAUGAAACAAGUUGUAUUCUUCGUUUUACACCAAUUAUUGUUGGUUAUUAUGCAAUAGCAUUAACUAUUCUUGAUUUUGAAAACGAUACAAGUACAGCAUAUCUUUCACGAGUUCCUAUUCAAUUUAUUUUAAGAGUUUGGAGUUCACCUAAUACAUGUACAACACCACCCAUCUAUAUAGGUGAUGUACCUGCUGAUCAAUGUAUUUUUGUUGAACCUGGUCAAUCACUUACCAUGCUUAUUCGUAUUAAAGUUCAAUGUGCAAAUGCAACAUUAAAUAAUACGAUUGGAGUUUAUCCAACAGGAUUUACACAAUCAUCAACAUAUCUUGAUCCUUAUGAUCCAACUAUAAAUGUUUUUUCAAGUAACUUAUGUGGCUAA